AUGGCAGGACGCAGUGAGGAUGAAAGUGUUAGCAACAGCAGUGGCGAAUCAAGCAAUUCAGAUGAUGAAUCCGGUUCUGGAUCGGCAUCUGGAUCCGGCUCAGGUUCCAGUUCAAGUUCCUCAAGCAGCAGUAGCCAGUCGGGGAGCAGCGACUCAGGAAGUGGCUCAGACUCUGGCAGUCAAUCAGAAUCUGAGACGGAGAAAUCCAAGGAAAAAAUUGAUCCUCCAAAUAAGUCAAACAUUGAUGGCGCGGAGUUUUGGAAGUCCAACCCAAGUAUCCUAGCAGUCCAACGAUCUGCUAUGCUCAGGAAACAACAGCUCCAGCAGCACCAACAGCAGAGACAAAGCUCUUCAAACAGUGGAUCUGAUGAGGACUCAUCAAGUAGCGAUGAAUCUGACUCUUCAAGUGGAUCCAAAAGGAGAAGAAAUUCAGGCUCCUCUGACUCCGGAUCAGGCUCUGGAUCAGGAAGUGGAUCUGGAUCAGACUCCUCUGAUGAGAACAAUAGUCAUGAAACCGUCUCAGACUAUGAGCCCAGUCAAACAACAAAAAACAGAAAGCCUCCAACUAAAAUGAAUUUUCGAAACGGCAAGAAGAGCAGCUCCCAGAAAAAGAAAACCCAGAAAUGUUCAUCUUCUGAGGACGAGGAGAACUAUAAGAAGGUCGUCGCCGCUGGUCCACGACGGCAGGCCACAGUCAACAUCAGCUAUAAGGAAGACGAGGAGUUGAAAACAGACUCGGAUGACCUUGUGGAAGUUCUUGGGGAAGAUGUCCCUCAACCGGAGGAAGAUGAGUUUGAAACACUGGAGAGAGUGAUGGACAGCAGAUUCGGAAGAAAAAGGGCUGUGGGAAGUGUGACUACUGUAUACGCAGUAGAAGCAGAUGGAGACCCAAAUGCGAACUUCAAUUCAAAUAAGGAGGCAGGAGAAAUCCAGUACCUUAUAAAGUGGAAGAACUGGGCCCACAUUCAUAACACUUGGGAAACAGAAGAGACCCUUAAGUUGCAAAAUGUCAGGGGUAUGAAGAAACUGGACAAUUUUAAGAAGAAGGAUCAGGAGAAAAAGAAAUGGUUAAAGGCAGCCUCACCUGAGGAUAUUGAGUAUUUCAAUUGUCAAGAAGAACUAAUUGAUGACCUGCACUCUCAGUACCAACUUGUGGAGAGGAUCAUAGGUCACUCUAACCAGAAGUCAGCUGCUGGUUACCCAGACUACCUGUGCAAGUGGCAGGGAUUACCGUAUUCAGAAUGUAGUUGGGAAGAUGGAGCUCUGAUUUCCAAGAAGUUCCAGAAAUGUAUUGAUGACUACAUGAGCAGAAACCAAUCAAAGACCAUUCCAUCCAGAGAUUGCAAGGUGCUGAAACAGAGACCAAGGUUUGCGCCUAUGAAGCAGCAGCCCCAUUACAUAGGAGGUGAUGGAUUAGAGCUCCGAGACUACCAGUUGGACAGUUUGAACUGGAUGGCACACUCGUGGUGCAAAGGCAAUAGCUGCAUCCUCGCUGAUGAGAUGGGUUUAGGGAAGACCAUCCAGACCAUCUCUUUCCUCAACUAUUUGUUUAAUGAGCACCAGCUUUUUGGGCCUUUCUUGCUUGUUGUACCGCUUUCAACGUUAACCUCAUGGCAAAGAGAAAUCCAGUUGUGGACACCUCAAAUGAAUAUUGUCGUCUACUUGGGGGAUAUAAGUAGUAGGAAUAUGAUCAGAACACAUGAAUGGAUGCAUGUUCAUUCCAAGAGGCUGAAAUUCAACAUCCUCCUUACCACAUAUGAGAUUCUUCUCAAGGACAAGUCUUUUUUGGGCAGCGUUAAUUGGGCAUUCAUUGGUGUGGAUGAGGCACAUCGACUGAAGAAUGAUGACUCGCUCCUCUACAAGACUAUGAUUGACUUCAAGUCCAACCACAGGCUUCUGAUCACGGGAACGCCUUUGCAAAACUCUCUCAAAGAGCUAUGGUCCCUGCUGCAUUUCAUUAUGCCCGAAAAAUUUCACUCGUGGGAAAUGUUUGAGGAGGAACAUGGUAAAGGACGGGAUUCUGGCUACACCAGUCUGCACAAAGAACUGGAACCUUUUCUUCUACGCAGAGUCAAGAAGGAUGUGGAGAAAUCUCUCCCUGCCAAAGUGGAGCAGAUCCUCCGAGUAGAAAUGAGCGCUAUCCAGAAACAGUAUUACAAAUGGAUCCUGACCAGGAACUACAAGGCUCUGAGUAAAGGUACCAAAGGCAGUACAUCAGGUUUCCUAAACAUUAUGAUGGAGUUGAAGAAGUGCUGUAACCACUGUUACCUGAUUAAACCUCCCGAGGACCAUGAGUUCCUCAACAGAGCUGAAGCAUUGCAGCAACUUAUCCGCAGCAGUGGCAAGCUGGUGUUAUUGGACAAGCUGCUGGUGCGUCUGAAAGAGAGAGGCCACAGAGUUCUUAUCUUCUCCCAGAUGGUUCGGAUGCUGGAUAUCCUUGCUGAUUACCUGAGAAGCCGACAGUUCCUCUUUCAGCGAUUAGAUGGCUCUAUCAAGGGUGAGAUGAGGAAGCAGGCGUUAGAUCAUUUUAAUGCUGAUGGCUCAGAGGAUUUCUGUUUCCUCUUGUCCACACGGGCUGGUGGACUUGGUAUCAAUCUGGCUUCGGCUGACACAGUUGUUAUCUUCGACUCUGACUGGAACCCCCAAAAUGAUCUUCAAGCCCAGGCCAGAGCUCACAGAAUUGGACAAAAGCGACAAGUGAACAUCUACCGUUUGGUGACAAAGGGUUCAGUGGAAGAGGAAAUAAUAGAGCGAGCAAAGAAGAAGAUGGUGCUGGAUCACCUUGUCAUUCAGAGGAUGGACACGACAGGAAAAACGGUUCUCCACACGGGCACUGCUCCCUCAAGUUCAGCACCAUUCAACAAGGAAGAGUUGUCUGCAAUCUUGAAAUUUGGUGCUGAGGAGCUUUUUAAAGAGCCAGAAGGCGAAGAGCAGGAGCCCCAGGAAAUGGAUAUUGACGAGAUUCUCAAAAGAGCUGAGACCAGAGAGAAUGAUCCCGGACCUUCCACGGUGGGAGAAGAACUGCUAUCUCAGUUCAAGGUUGCAAACUUUAGCAUGAUGGAAGAAGAGGAAAUAGACAUGGACUCUGAGCGUAGCCAGCGGAGUUGGGAUAGCAUCAUUCCUGAGGAACAGCGGCGGAGGAUGGAGGAGGAGGAGCGACAGAAGGAGCUGGAGGAGAUCUACAUGCUGCCGCGGAUGAGGAAUUGUGCCAAACAGAUAAGCUUUAAUGCCGGUGAAGGCAGAAGACAAGGCAGGAGCAGAAGAUACUCGGGGUCCGACAGUGACUCUCACUCAGAUCGAAAGAGGCCAAAGAAACGAGGUCGGCCUCGGACCAUUCCACGGGAAAAUAUCAAGGGUUUCAGUGACGCCGAGAUCCGAAGGUUUGUCAAAAGUUACAAGAAAUUUGGGGGACCACUGGAACGGUUGGACGCCAUAGCUCGUGAUGCAGAACUCGUAGAUAAGUCUGAACACGACCUCAAACGUUUGGCUGAAACUGUUCAUAACGGCUGUGUGCGAACGCUAAGGGAAAAUCCUUGUGGACCGGAAAAAGCUUCUGGCAGGAGAGGGAAAGUAAAAGGACCCACAUUUAGGAUCUCUGGUGUUCAAGUCAACGCCAAGCUUGUUAUUUCUCAUGAGGAAGAGCUGGCUCCACUUCACAAAGCCAUUCCUGCAGACCCAGAGGAGAGGAAAAAGUAUAUGAUUCCAUGCCACUCAAAAGCAGCGCACUUUGACCUCGAGUGGGGGAAAGAGGAUGACUCCAGCCUGCUAAUCGGAAUCUAUGAAUACGGUUACGGCAGCUGGGAGAUGAUUAAAAUGGACCCAGACCUCAAUCUAACACACAAGCUGCUACCAGAUGACCCUGAUAAGAAACCCCAGGCCAAACAGCUACAGACCAGAGCAGACUACCUCAUCAAGUUGCUGAGCAAGGACCUCGCCAAAAAAGAAGCUCAGAAACAAGGAGGAACAGCAAAUUCUCGGAAGAGGAAGCCAAGAAGCAAAAAGAGAGAAACUCUGAAGCCAACUCCGAUAGACGAGAUGAUUAAGAGCGCUUCGUCGGAUCCCCCGUCGGACAAACGGUCUGACGAUGAGGAUGAAAUCGAGGAGGAAAAGGCCGAAAGCAAAGCUGAGGUCAGAGAACGAAUAAAGAAAGCUCCUGAUCUACCGGUCCAUAUAAUGGCAAGUGGAGAUAAUUUUCCAAUAUCUGAGGAAUCUGAAGAACUCGACCAGAAAACCUUUAGCGUGUGUAAGGAGAGGAUGCGGCCUGUAAAAGCGGCGCUUAAGCAGCUGGACCGACCGGAGAAGGGACUAUCUGAACGGGAGCAGCUCGAGCAUACGAGGCAAUGUCUCAUCAAGAUUGGUGACCACAUCACCGAGUGUCUCAAGGAGUAUUCCAAUCCUGACCUCAUCAAACAGUGGAGAAAAAACCUGUGGAUAUUUGUUUCGAAAUUCACUGAAUUUGACGCCAGGAAACUGCAUAAAUUAUACAAACACGCCAUCAAGAAAAGGCAAGAAAAUGCUCAGGCAAUGGAGCAAAACACCAGGAAUUCAAACCCAAUCGGUUUUAAAAACACAGAUAUCGAACGUCUGAGAGACAACUCCCACCAGGACGACAGCAGCAGGGACAGUUACAGCUCCGACAGGCACCAGCCCUCUGCUCGUUUCCACGACGGCAGCAAGGAGAGGCACUCCGCGGAGGCCCACAGGAAGCCCGCCGGAGAGUCGCGAAAGCGGCCGUACUCCACGUUCAGCAACGGCAAAGACCACAGAGACAACUACAGACCCGACAGCAGGGAUCGAGACAGGCACGACAGACUUUACAGCGACGGUAAGCAACGAAAGCUAGAGGAAGCGCGCCCCGGCAGAGACCACCGGCCGGACCCGAAAGAUCUCUCGCACUCGGACCAGCGCUCGUCUUACCGCUACCACUCGGACUGGCAGACGGAGCAGCGGUCCUCGGCCGGCGGACCCCGCUCCCCCCGGGACCAGCGCUCCCCGUACGACUCGCGCUCCCCGUUGGGCCACCGCUCUCCUUUCGACUACUCGUCCGACCACAAGAGCACACCGGAGCAGAUCUGGAGCGGGCGCAAGACAUAA